AUGGAGCUGUUCCAAGCCAAAGACGACUAUAUUCUACAGAAUGGGGACCGCGCUCUUUGGUGUAGCCGAAAAGACGGGACCAUAACAGUCAAACCUGCAACGGACCUGCUCCUUGCUUGGAAUCCAGUAUGUCUGGGCCUGGUGGAAGGUAUCAUUGGAAAGAUACGGCUUCACACUGAUCUUCCUCUCGGCCUUGUAUUAAUCCGCCAGAAAGCACUUGUUGGCCAUUUGCCAGGCAACCACAUAGUCUACAAGAUAACCAAGAUAGCUGUCAUUCCUCUGUCUGAUGAAGAGCCACAGGAGCUGGAACUGGAGCUCUGCAAAAAGCAUCAUUUUGGAAUUGACAAAUCGGAGAAACUUGUUCAGUCCCCUGAUGAGUCCAAGUUUUUAUUGAAAACCUUAAGCCAUAUAAAAUCCAAUGUGGCUGUGCCCAUUAAGAAAAAGGUAAAGGAAAACAAAGAAAAGGAGCGUCUGGAGAGGCGGUUGCUUGAUGAGCUAUACAAAAUAUUCAUGGAUUCAGACUCCUUCUAUUAUAGCCCUACCUAUGACCUGACAAACACUGUGCAGCGCCAAGGAGACUUGGAUAAAUCAAACUUACCACUUUGGAAACAGGUGGAUGACCGUUUUUUCUGGAACAAACACAUGAUUCAAGAUCUUAUAGACCUACAGACACCAGAGGUGGACUUUUGGGUGAUACCAAUCAUCCAGGGCUUUGUUCAAGUUGAGGAACUUGUUGUGAAUUACAACGAGACGUCUGAUGAGGAUCGCAGCAGUCCCGAAACUCCACCGCAAGAGGUGACCUGUGUUGAUGACAUCCAUCCCCGCUUCACCGUUGCACUCAUUUCCAGACGUAGCCGACAUCGUGCAGGGAUGAGGUACAAGCGCAGAGGAGUGGAUACAGAUGGCCAUGUGGCUAACUAUGUGGAGACAGAGCAGUUGAUCCACGUGCACAGCCACACUCUUUCCUUUGUGCAGACUCGUGGCUCUGUGCCUGUCUUCUGGAGCCAGGCAGGAUACCGCUACAAUCCCCGGCCACGCUUGGAGAAAGAAGAGAAGGAGACCAUGUCCUACUUUGCUGCCCAUUUUGAAGAACAGCUUAGACUCUACAAGAAACAAGUAAUCAUCAAUUUGGUUGACCAAAGUGGGCGAGAGAAGUUGAUUGGGGAUGCGUAUCUAAAGCAAGUGCUCCUUUUCAACAACCGAAAUCUCACCUAUGUGUCAUUUGACUUCCAUGAGCACUGUCGUGGGAUGAAAUUUGAAAAUGUGCAGAUACUGACAGAUGCCAUCUUUGAAAUCAUCACUGACAUGAAGUGGGCCUGGGUGGACCAAGCUGGAGUCAUCUGCAAACAAGAGGGAAUCUUUCGGGUCAACUGCAUGGAUUGUCUUGACAGGACCAACGUGGUCCAGGCUGCAAUUGCUCGUGUGGUUAUGGAACAACAGCUGAAGAAAUUAGGUGUGAUGCCUCCAGAGCAGCCCUUGCCACUCAAAUGUUACAGGAUCUAUCAAAUCAUGUGGGCCAACAAUGGUGACACCAUCAGCAGACAGUAUGCUGGCACAGCAGCACUUAAGGGAGAUUUUACCAGGACGGGUGAGAGGAAACUAGCUGGUGUGAUGAAGGACGGCGUUAACUCAGCCAACCGCUACUAUCUAAACCGCUUCAGAGAUGCUUAUAGACAAGCAGUAAUCGACCUCAUGAUGGGUCUCCCGGUGACUGAAGACCUCUACUCAAUUUUCAGUAAGGAGAAAGAGCAUGAGGAGAAAGAGCAGGAAAGCCAAAGAGGAGCACAGGAGCAAGUCAGCCUGCUAUUGCAGACAUAUAUGCAGCUUCUCCUGCCCGACGAUGAGAGGUUUCAUGGUGGUUGGGCUCUCAUCAACUGCGACAUGAGCCUUAUCGAUGCUACAAAUAAAGAUGUUGAUGUGCUUCUGCUUCUGUCCGACAAAGCCUACUACAUCGCUUAUUAUGAUGAAGAGGCGGACAAAGUCAACCAGUACCAGCGCCUCAAUUUAGAGGGUUUGGAAAAGAUUGAAAUUGGUCCAGAACCGACACUUUUUGGCAAGCCAAAGUUCUGCUGUAUGCGGUUGCAUUACAGAAGUGAAGAGUCAAGCGGAUACUUUCACACGCUGCGAGCAGCUACUCGAAAUCCUGAGGAUGACGGAAAAGAUACACUACAAUGCAUUGCUGAGAUGCUACGCAUUACAAAAGAGGCCAGGGGGCUGGACCUUCUGGUGGUUGAGAAGAAGCUAGACAGGCGACAGAGCAGACCUCAUGAAGAUAUAAUGGGGAUCCAGAACAAAACUGGUGAGCAGGCACAGGGCAGCUCUGGUCUGGCUCAAGGCAAGAGUUUCCUUCUCAAUAAGUUCUCCUCUCUAAAUCAGAAAGUAAAACAGACCAAAACGAGCGUGAACAUCAGCACCUUCAAACCCCUCGGAAAGCUUGGAAGCUUCUCUAAGCCUGAAGUCAAGGUCAAUUUUCUGAAGCCAACUAUGCACGUUAAUCUGUGGAAGUCAGACAGCAGCUUGGAAACAUCAGAUGGCAAUGCCGGUGCAGGGACCUUAAAGGAUAUUAAUGAUGGAAAUUUUGAUAUCUCUGAUGACUCUGACUCUUAUAAUUCUGAUCCGGAGCACCUGUGUUCAGGCUCUUUUGAGAACGUGGACUACGUGCUGCCCAGCUGUGGCAUCGUAGCAUCUAACCCAAGACUGGGCAGUCGCUCACAGUCUGUCGGUAGUGCAGAGCUCACUAUUCCCUCUGUUAUCCGUGUAAGUGGCUGUGAAGGACAGCAGGAGAGCACUUCUCAGGUCCGCGAAGACGAGUCCCCAGGGGCUGCCUCGGUGGCUGAAGAAGCCAUUCUGAUUGACUUUGACACUCCCUUCGACGCCUACUGCCACCAGUUUGUCCAGGACGCGGAGACCAAACCAGUCGAGGUGUUUGGAGAGCGACCACCCGCGCCCGCCCAGCCACUCAAGCCCCUUGUGCCUGAGCAGAAUAAAAGCCCAGCGGACCCCAAGCAGCCAAGCACAAAGCCAGAGCAUCAGCAGGAGGAGACCAACCUUCCUAGGCCAUCCCAGCUCGACGUCCAGACUACCUCUGCUUCAAACCUUCUCAACAUCCAUAGGCCCAACUCUGCCGUUUCGGGUGGUUCUCAGAGGAGUUUGGGCUCACAGAUGGAAGGCAGCCUCGGCCCUUCGCCCGCCGACAGUAACGGCAGCAGGGUAGUGUCCCCAUUUGCCAAGAUCAAAAGCUCCAUGGUCCAAGUGGCCAGCCUCACCCAGGCGGGGCUCACUCAGGGCAUCAAUUUUGCGGUGGCGAAGGUGCAAAAGAGCCCAGAACCAGAUACGGUUAACGAGGCCCAGGAGAAUGAGUUGAAGGCAAUGUUUACACAGUGCCAGACCAGGAUCAUUCAGAUCUAG